AGAUGAUACUCAUAAUUGUUGCACACGUAUUUAGAUGAAUUAGUUAAUUGCUUCAAUUUAUCGCUUGAAAAUGUUACGAUCUUUACUCAGAUUAUUUUGCGUGGCUUUUGCUUUACAAUUAGUAAACGGUAGAGCUUUAACUGACGAUGGACGAUUUGAAAUUAAAGAUGGUAAUUGUGACAAGGCUAAAGCAACAGAUAGAGUUUUUGCAAACCACGUAACAAAGAUAGGAUUACCUUUCAUAACACAGAAAGCUGAUGUAAGUUGGUACGGUGAUGAAACAAUAUAUUGUCUGAUGGUCACAAGCGAAUUGGACGAGUCUGAAGGUUCAUUGGCGUACAUUACUGAAGGGGGCGUCGAUCAUAAAUUUAUGAAAGUUGAAUUAGUUUCUAAAAUGGGUCACGGCUUAGAUUAUAUGAUAAGAGUGUUUGCUAAAUGAGGUUAUAUAAAUUUUUAAGAUAAUAAAAUUGUUUUUAAUGUUUUUUUUUAUUAAUAAAUUUAUAUAGCUUACAUUUGUUGAUAAUUUUUUAUUCAACGUGAAUUUGACGUGGUUGAAACGUGAAAAAACACUUAACGGUAUUGUACAUUGUGUUGAUAAAGUAAUAUUUCGAUAAUGACAACAUUUCGCAAUUGACACUUGACGGGAAUAUCAAUAAUGGCGGACAUGUUUACGUGGUUGUCUGCACGGAGCGAUCGGAGGUUAAAAAACACGACUCUCGUGCAAUAAAGUCUAGUAUAAAAGUCGCAGACUAGAAUUCAAAAAUCGGAGAUUGAGCAGAAAUCUUUCUCUGGAAAAAAGUUGUUCGAACAUAGUUCUAUCUAUAACCACAUCGGUACCUACUCCAAUCGGGGUAACUUCACAUCAAUAUUCAUUGUGAGAAUUUUUUUUUGUGUAGGAUUGUGUUUUAGUAGGUACGUUUAUCCCUGGUUCGCUGAUAAAUGGACGAAUUUGUUGAGAUAUUCUUUCACUCACGGGUUCUAUCUGAUUUUUUUUAGUAGAUGUAGAGGUAGAACUGUUCGAGGGGGCUAAAUUUGGCGAAUGGUGUGAGUUAGGUAGCAAUUCCAACUUCAAGUUAUCAAUUUUGGUCAUUGCAAUAACAUAUGUGUGAGAUUGUGGAUUGUCUUGAUGAAACAACACUUUUUCUUAGCCAAAUGCGGUCGUUUUUGCUUGAUUUCUUCACUUAAACGUUGCAAUAAGCUCUUUAAAUACACGCCAUUGAUAGUUUAUCUUUUCUCAAGAUAGUCGAUGAAGAUUAUCCUACACGCAUCCCAAACAAUCGACGCAAUGAACUUAGCCUCAGAUAGAACGGUAUUUGCUUCUUUUGGCGCCCUUUUUAGUUAGUUGUUUUGUUUUGGGUGUGAAGUGAUGGACCCACGUUUCAUUAAUGGUUAUGAAACGUUUCUUUUCUGUGAAACAUCGCCAAACACUCGAUGGAAACAUCUUGACAACGCCGUUUAUGUUUCAUUGUGAAACGCGACACCCAUCUUGCGAACUGCUUUCUCAUAUCCAAAUUUUCAGUUUAUAUGGGAGGUACCAGACUUUUUGAAGUGCCUACUAUGUCUGCUACCUCGCGCACUUUCAGUCUACGAUCAUCCAGUGGAUUUUCUUCAACAUUUCUGGAAUCGUCACAUCAUUCGGUUGACCGCUGCGUUGCUGGUCUUCGCAAAACGUACGGUCUCGUCUAAACUUUCCUAUCCAAUAUUUUACUAUUGAUAAGGAAGGAGUAGAAUCUAGUUCAGCUUUUAUAUUGAUCAUCAUCAUCAAGCUUGAAACAUAUGCUGUAUAGAUUAAGUGCUUUCUAAUACCUUGGUAAUUUCCAAGCAAUUAUCGCCAUCUCUACGUUAGUCCAGGUACUUCUGGGACCAUACUGUGUGGAAAUAUCAGCUGUGUACAUGAUAUAGAGGUUCGAGUGAAAUGUACUUCCCUGUGGAACGCCUAAUAUUCUUGGAUGUCGAGUUCUGAUGUGAUCUCGAAUUAUCACUUGCAACUAGGAUUUUAUCGUUUAGAAAAAAGUCGUGAGGAAGGUUUAGAAGGAGCUUCUUCAGUAGGUUUCCCUUGCUCAGGGCUAGUACUACCUCCCAUAUAAUUGGGGAUUGAUAAUUACGUCAUAUCCGGGAAAUUUUUUGGAGUUUAACUAACUACUGUUUAAUUUUGUUGAUCUGGUUAACGAUGAAGAUUAAUUCGAUAUAUAGAUUCCAGAUUUUAUUUUCCGAGCAGCUACCGCCAUCUUUAGGUGAUGCCAGAGCAACCCUUAAAAAGUUAAAAUAUGAAAUCAACUUCCGUGGUUUUUGAAUACGGGUAAAUUAUUUCAUUUACAGUUACUUCGGAAAUAAAACAUUCGUAAAAAAGAAAAA